AUCAGAUGUCUAUAUAAAUCCAGCCGAGAGCUUUCAUUUGCUAUUUGAACCUCUGGAGGAGACAGAUAACACACACACAGAGAGAGAGACAUCAACACUCAGGCUAAAUAUCAAAAAUGGAGGCAAAAGCAUUAAACUUGGUUGUACUGAGGACAAUAGGAGCUGAGAAGAGUGCAUCAGGAAACACAAUACAGGGACAACAUCCUUUCACAUCAAAGAAAAGCACAAAAUCCAUCACACAAGAUGUUGUUGAGCGGUCUGUUACUGUCUGUGGGUUUUCAGUCAAUGUUCAUGACACACCAGGAUUAUCUGACACAGUCAUGUGUGAAGAUGAGAUUCUGCAGAUUUAUGGAAAGGUUUUUCAGAAAUGUGAAUCUGGUCCCUGUGUGUUUCUGCUGGUCAUCAAAGCUGACAGAUUCACUGAAGAAGAGAGAAAAACUGUGGAGAAGAUUGAGGAGCUGCUGGAAGAAAAACGCUUGGAGAAAACCUGGAUUAUCUUCACUAAUGGAAAACAAUUGGUAAAAGAAAACAAGACAAUAAAAGAAUUCAUUGAUGACUCUGAACCAUUGAAGACAUUUGUUCAGAAAUACAAUCAGAGAUACCACGUGGUCAACAAGUCAGAAGAACAUAAUGUGGCACACAAUAAAAUGCUACUUGCAAAAAUGAUCCAGACAAAUUUGGAGUUAAAGGCAUCAGAAGGAGGGAGGCUACUCAGACGAAUUCCUGCCAUUGAAAACAGUGCUUCCAAUGAACAGCACACUGCUGCCAGUCUCUCAUCCAGACGGAUUGUUCUUCUGGGUAAAACUGGUGUUGGGAAGAGUGCAUCUGGAAACACAAUACUGAAGCAGAAAGUGUUCAUAUCUAAGAUGAGAAUGAAUUCAGUAACCAGUGUUUGUUCAGAAGCUCACUCCACUGUUUCAGGCAGAUCUGUGUCUGUAGUUGAUACUCCUGGAUUCUUUGACACAGAGAUGAAACAUGAAGAGUUAUCUAAGGAGAUAGCGAGAAGUGUUUAUAUAUCCAGUCCUGGACCUCAUGCUUUUCUCAUUCUGUUCAGAGUAGAUGACAGAUUCACUGAACAUGAGCAGCAGAUUCCUCAGAUUAUUGAGAUGAUGUUUGGUCAGGAGGUGUUAAAAUACUCCAUCAUUCUCUUCACUCGUGGAGAUCAGCUAGAAGAUGAUGAGACAGUAGAGGAACUCAUUAAGGAGAAAAGUGCAUUAAGACAUCUAGUUCAGCAGUGUGGAGGCAGAUUUCACGUCUUCAACAAUAAAGAUCAGAAUAACAGAGAGCAGGUGGAUGAUCUACUGCAGAAGAUUGACACAAUGAUAGAGCAGAAUGGAGGAGGACACUACAGUAAUCAGAUGUUUGAAGAUGCUCAGAAAUUCAGACGAGAGAAGGAAGAGAGGAGACAGAGAGAGGAAGAAAAGAGAAAACAACAAGUGGAGAAACAAAUACAAGAGGAGCUUAAGAGAACUCUAAAGUUAGAAGUACAACAUGAAAGUGAAUUUGAUAAAUUUUAUAUGCACUAUGAGCAUAGGUUCAGCUUUUCAGCCUUUGUAAUGAGUAAACUGGGAAGCAUGAGUUUUGGUGCAUGCAUUGGUGGAGCUACUGGUGCAAUUGCAGGAAUUCCCGCUGGCCCUGCUGGUAUAGCUGCUGGUGCAAUGCUUGGUGCUGCUGCUGGUGCUGCUGCUGGAGCAGCAAUGGGUGCAGCUUUUAGCUUGUAAUGUGGGACAAAUUCUCAUGGCCGCUAGUUUAGGGGUUCCAAAAUGACAAAGAUGUUCAAAAAAAGAUGUCCACACAUCACCCCAUCCUCCACCACUGGUUCAUGUUUCAAUCUGACAAGGGGCCCAUCUGAAGAAAAUGCAAUCUAGAUAUGGUUUUAAUGUUAUUUGUGUUUGUUUUAGCUGUUCCACAUUUGUGUUGGGUGAUAUAUAAAUCAUUUAUUUUUAUUCUUAUUAACCAUAUAGGUAGCAAAGAAGAGAGAUUUUUCCCUUGUAAAUUCUGAAAAGAAUAGUCUUUCAAAGCCUUUAACUUUUUUAAGAAUCUUAAAAGAAUCAUUUAAAAACAAGUAUUUUGAAUUUUUCAUAAGUUUAUUUGUUAAUGUCUUUUGCACAGUCCCGGCACCACGAGGGGGCAAAAGGGGGCAUUGCCCCCUCAGAUCUGAUUUGUGCCCACAAGUAGCAAAAGCAUCAUAUACUAGAUGUGCUUUGCUCUAAAUAAUUACAAAAUCAAACCAAAUUGAGUGUAAAUUGAACAGCAGGUACAUGAUGACAAAUUAAAUCUUAAAAAAAAAAAAUCUCCAUAAACAUGCAGUUAAUUCCCAGACUCUUUUUGUCCAGACACUCAUUAAGAAAAAUGUCCAUACCAUCCUUAAUUUGUAAGCAAAACACUAAAGGCUCUUUGGCCAGUUGUCUGUCAUCAUCCGUUUCAGCCUGUGAAAAUUGAAGAAGGGCUUGUUCCUGGUCUUCCUCUUUCAAUAUCAGAAAGCACAGCUCUUCCACUAAAGCCUUGAAGACUUUUGGUUGUUGUGCAGCCAUUCAAGUGCAGCGCAGAAGUCUUCUGUGAUCCGUGGCUCCUUCAUGAGAGAAGGAUGAUCCAGAUGACAUCUCGGCAUGGACGAAGGAACAUCAUCUGCCGCUCAACCUGGCUAAGACUGAGCUUCUCGUCUUCUCUGCCAAUCCGACUCUAAAUCACGAUUUCAGUAUCCAGCUAGGCACAUCCUCAAUUACCCCAUCAAAUUCGUCCAGAAAUCUUGGAGUAAUCCUUGACGGUCAACUGACCUUCAAAGACCACUGUAACGAGGAAUUCAACAUCUGCUGUGUCAUCUUGGAUUCAGGAAAUUUCCAUUCUGACCUCUUUUCUGUUCUGGUGGGUGGAGCUGAUGACAUCUGAAGAGUUUAUAAAUCUGGGAUCUUUCAAAAACUGAGACUAAACUCACACACUUACAAGUGUCAGAAGAUCAGCAUUGCAGUCUUGCAGCUCAGCUACGAACAGAACAACAACAGACAAUGGCUGAGAAUGUGCGUCAGAGGAGGAAUAAUGCAGAAGCUCCAUCGGAGAACAAUGGCAACAUUAAUAUUGUCCUUCUGGGGAAAACCGGAGUUGGGAAAAGUUCUGCAGGAAACACCGUUCUGGGAGAGAACAGAUUCAAAUGUUAUUAUUCUCUUCAUGUACGGGGAUGAAUGUGUGCGGGAGAGAAUACGGUCAGAGAUCGAUGGGAAUGAAGUUGUCAUAAGAAUUAUCAUGUGUUCAACAACAAAGAUCUGACUGACAGACAGCAGGUCAAUGAUCUACUGCUGAAGAUUUACACGAUGAUAGAGUGGAAUCAAGGAUUCUACACCAAUGAGAUGUAUGAACGAGCACAAAUGACCACAUGGGAGAAAUUCUGGAAAUUUGUUCAGGAUGUUUGUGAUGCUAUAGUUGCAUUUUUCCUGAACCCGUGUAACAGAUUUGAUAAUAUCUCGAUAAGAAGACUGACGCAAUAUACGAGAGUUUGUACAUAAUCAAAAUCUUUCUUUGCUUUUGAUUUAUUGCAUAAAACCCGGUUAAAUAAAACCUAAAUGUGGGACAGUUUGCUCUGUUUAUGAGGGAAAAUUAUGCAUCGGAACAAAAUGAAAAUGUAUUAAUUAAUAAUUGGUGGUCUCUGUGUGUGAGUUGAAAGAUUCAUUAUAUUUUAGCUACAAUGUUCUUCCACACAUUUUAAAAGAUUGUUGUUAAUUGUUAAAACAGAUCAUAUUUGGUCCGCAGACAGUAUGGAAUACAAGAUGCAAUACUUUAUAUGUACAUGUUUCAUUUAUUAAGAAGAGUUUUGUGUAAAUAUAUACUUUCUAAUGCAAAAUAUUGAGGCUUACAACAAACAUUUUAAUGCAUAUUCAACAGGCACUUGUUUAUCCACAAUAUAUCUACUAAUAUAGAAUAUUGCUUUACUGUAAGAAAAAUUUGAAAUAUGAAAUAACUUUGUCAGAAUUUUACAGAACAUCCUCUGCUCUGCUGCUGUGGUUUAAUGCUGGUGCUUAUAUUUUUUAUGCUUAGUGGUUUUCAAAAUGUCCUUAUAUUCUAACAUAUUAUUCAGUGUAAUUUUUGUACAAUAUUUGUACUGACAAAUAUACAAGUAUAACUCUGACAAGACCUUAUGGUCCUGACUUUAUUUGAACCUACACUUUUCACAAAUGACAAGAAAAACACUUCUAAAGUAGUUUUUUUUUUUUUUUUUUUUUUUUUUUUUAUUACAGUAGACUAUACAAUAAUUGUCUAAAAACUAUGAAUCACAAUAAUAAUAAUAAUAAUAAGCAUUUAUUUUAAUUAAUAGCAAAACAUUUACAAAUUCAUUAUAAUUCAUUGUUAUAUUAUUAGUAAUGAUGAUAUUGCUCCUGGUGCAAAAUUUUUUUGACCUGUAAUUUUGUUAUUAUAUUUUUUUUUUACCAACAUGAUUUCUGAUGUGUCAGAUCAUAUCACAGGAAACAAAAUAAGAAAAAGCAUUAAAAAAGAUCAAGAUGUUUUUAUGAAGGCCAAUCAUUUAUUGAAUCUAAA